AUGCCAACUGAUGAUGCUUUAUCAUCCACGACCGAUGCCUCGACGUCUUGGACAUCGACCAUCAACGCUGUAUCAACUACUGAGACUACAAGUUCUGUCGAAACCUCCUUGAGCACGACUGAAAUUUCUACAACUACUCAACAAGUCUCCACAACAACUACUGAAGCCGUAACAACAACUGAAGCCGUAACUACUACUGAAGCCGCAACCACCACAAGCGACGCACCCGCAAUUCAAUCUACAUUUGCUCUUCAGCUAGCCAACUCAGCCCGGCAAAGCGUUAACGGCAAAAAGCCCCGCUACAAAAAGGGCUCUAGUGGCAGCGCUAUAUACCUGACGGUGUCUGCGGCGCUGGAGAAUAGCUACGUGACGGGUGACUUCCACCUCGAGGCCUCCACGAACCGUCUCAUGGUUGGCGACAUGUACGCUGCGGUUGGCGCAGCACCUGCAGCCAUCCUCUUUGCCGAAACUGUCGACGAUGUUGCCUCAAAAAACCACCUCUAUAUUUCAUGUAGUCCACUUGUACUGGGGCAGAAGCUGGAAUGUGUUCUCGAGGGUACCUCCAAGUCGCAGUUUUAUGUUUACUAUCUUGAGCAAAUAAGCACACCUAUGCUUAUAUGUCCCCCGGGAAGCCCUCCAAAUUCAGGCUAUAAUACUGUCGACCUAAUUGUAGUUGAGGCUUAA